AUGGUACGCUUGAGGAAAAAGAACUUUGAGUUCUGGUCAUGCGUAGUGCCCCCGGAAAUGAAGGCUCGGAGCAUGCGCAGUGGGCCGGCUCGGCGAGGCACGUGAAGGUCGCUUUGCUGCCCGCUCCGGUGCUUCUCGGGCGGGCUCGGCAUGGACUCUUCGUCCGGCGCGGGGGACCUGGGAGCAACCGUCAACGACCCGCAGCUGCAGCACUUCAUCGAGGUGGAGACGCAGAAGCAGCGCUUCCAGCAGCUCGUGCACCAGAUGACGGAGCUCUGCUGGGAGAAAUGCAUGGACAAACCUGGGCCCAAGCUGGACAGCCGAGCAGAGACCUGCUUUGUGAACUGUGUGGAACGCUUCAUAGACACAAGCCAGUUUAUCCUCAACCGAUUGGAGCAGACACAGAAAUCUAAGCCGGCCUUCUCGGAGAACCUAUCUGACUGAGCCAGAGGCAUUGGCGCCUCUGUUUCCUUAAUUAGAGGAGAACAUCCGACCAAGAUGGGAGAGGAGGAGCGAGAAGGGAGAGCAGAGGGAAAGGACCAACAGUGAAAAGAAGCUGUGCAGGAAGUUGGCCUCAUUGUGACAAGUUCCAGGGCUUCCUACCAACAUAGUAAUUGGUCUGGUUUUCAGUACCCACCUUGUGAACAAAAAUAGGCCAACAAGGCCAUGCAACAUCACACAUUUGCUGCUCACCGUGGGCUUGUGCUGCCCUGGUUUUUUUAAUAACAGAAGCUUCACACCACAGAUGUGCGGCUUUGGCUGUCUUGCUUUCCCCAAAGGUUUGGCCAGGGAAGCACAAUCUGUUCAUACUUGAGAAAACCUCUUUCUUGAAAUUAGGAAGCUCGGGUGGCUUUCAGACACUUGAUGUGAAUCUUGGGAAAGGCAGGUUGGAAAUGUGCCUUUUACAAACGGAACUGCGCUUUAGCACUACUCUUUUAAGCCAGGCAGCAAACUCACCUGUGACUCAGUGGACCGUUGUGUGCACCACUUUGUGUUUAACUGGGCCCUGCAGUUAAAACAAAGGGAAGGUGGGCAUAGCUUGCACCCGUAUGCCAGUAGAACCCUGUGAUCCUUCAUGAGAUUCUUAACAUUCUCUUUAGAAUGGCUAGGAAUACCACCUUCCCCCCAAUAUGGCUGUUGGGGCAGGGGGCACUGUCACUUGUUUGGUCAUGUAACGUCACUUGAGAAAUACAAGAGUUAAUACUAACUUUUCCCAUUCGCUGCUUUCUCCUGAUCAGUGGAAUAAACAUCAAUUGGAUCCAUUGAAAA